GAAACAUAGAAUAUUUCAUGUUCUAUUUAUAUUUCACGACAACCAAACAUCUCAAUCUGGUUGCUAUACAACAAUUUCGCCAAGGGACCUUGUCGAGCCAAAAUGCCUCCAAAGCCCAAGCUUAGUAAAGCUGAGAAAGAAAAAAUAAAGGCAGAGGAGGAUCUGCGAAAAGCAGCAGAGGAAGAUAUCGUUGUUGAAGGUUCCAGACAUUCCAAGCCAGACAUGUUUGCUAAUGCAGAAGAGGAACAAAAGGCAAAACAAGAAGAGGAACUCAAAGAGAAAAAAAAGAAAGAGAAGGAAGAAGAGGCAGAAAAAAAGAAAAGGGAAAAUGAGGAAAAGAAAGACAGAAAGGUUGAGAUGACCCAACUUAAUGCUAUUCUAAGUAGUAAUAAAGAAGCCCUUCAAAAUCUUCAUAAUGAAAGACGGAAACAAAUGAAGUGGAAUCGCUACAUGAGAUGCGAUGGUUCUCCCGACCCUACCGUUCAAGGGGAGAUAAACACGUAUAUAAAUCUGAGACUGGAGGACACAGACCAUGAUGAUGUGGAGUCAGUCUUCAAAGCUAGUGAACUGGACACAAAGUUGAUUGAUGAACUAAACUUCUUACUGGAAGACACACCACCAGAGGAAAUCACAGAAAAGGAAAUACAUUUAUACAAUGAGACAAAGGAAGAAUUGCAGUCCUUGAUGAAGAAGAAGAUGGAUUCAGCCACGCUUCACCUGUUGCAGGAGGCAACUGACCGUGCCGACCCUGAGACCUUUAACCUUCAGUUUGAACUCAAGAGUCCUGAUGUCUGCCUCAGCAUUUGGGGAAACCUCAGUAAAAAUCCCAGGAUAAAGUCUUUUGAAUUUGGCAAGCAAGGUCUGACGUUUGAAAUUCCGCGAGUGUUGUGUUUGUCAGACUGUGCCAUUAGAGUGUUAGACCCUAAAUACGACCACUACUCACCGACCUGUAAAAGCUACUAUCCUCGACGAAAGAUCGUUCACGUUGAGGCCCCAGCAGAAGAGGCAAAGCCUGAGGAAUCUGAGGAGAACAAAGAGGAAAAGAAAGAUGAGGAGCCUGAGGAGAAAGAGAAGGAGCCCACAACAGAGGGAGAACAGAGCAAGCCGGAUUUAAUGGCUGCCUUGGCAGAGCUGGAAGGAGGACCUAAAGAGGAAGAGGAGGAGCCAGAGAAGAAGGAGGAGGAGAAAGAGGAGGAGAUUGAGGAAUACGAGGAGCCCAGAACCCCAGAGCCCUUAGAGUAUGAGGAUUUUGAGGAAGAGGAGGAUGUAGUUGACUUAAGAGCCAAUGAUAUUGUUGGAGGUGUAUUUCACUUCAAUUUGAUGUCCCUCCCUCCACAACCCAAGACCAUGAACAAAUGGAUUGUCACUAGAUUGGUGGACCCUCCAGAGCUAGAGUACAUAGAGUAUGUAGCGGACUCUGUCACUCAGCUACCCAAGGAAAACCAAAGCUCUGGAAACACACCAGUUCAAGGAGAGAAAAGGGAUGAGAAGCCAGCCAUAGGAAUCACCAUGAAAUUGCCGGGUCACGUGCUGUUUUCUGAGGAACCCCUGAUAGCCCGCUGGGACUACAAGAAGAAGUACUGGAGACAGGACGGCUUUACGGACAUGAGCUAUGAUGAGGACAACAGGAUUUUCUCCUUUAAGACAGCCUAUUUUGGAACGUUUGCCCUUCUUCAGGACUCUCACCUAAACAUGCCCUUCCAGUCAUGGGAGCUGAGGCCCCACAGAACCAACGCCUGUGUCCUGACCAUCAUAGCAGCCAUCGUUGAAGUGGAGAUUGAAAUCAAGGAUGCCAUGUGCUGUCUAAGUAAGCCUGAUGACAGACCCGAGUUAGAUGGAAUCCGAAAUAAAUGGGUCACACCUAAAGAACUUAUAAAGAUUAUGAAGGAGGCGGGCAUCAACUUGUUCCCAGCAGAAGACUCCUCCAAAUAUGUCAGCAUUCAGAACAAGAACUCCAUCGUGACAAACUGGAUGUAUGAGCAGAUGGCUCUCCUGUCAUCAGCCAUGGCUUUCUCCUGGUCCAAGUGGAACAGCGAGAUGGAGACCAGCGACAAGGUCCUGUUCCAGGGCUCCGAGGCUCUGGAGGAUGAACCGCUGCUGGAGGAGGACUGGGGUAUAUAUCUGGCCACAAAGAAGAGGACCAUGAAGUUGAAGUGUACCGAGUUUGAUGAAGAGUUCUCUGAAGACUAUGCUGAGGGAACCACGUUUCGCUCCAACCUUUACCAUGUGGUUUUGAACCAGUGUUCAGAAGAAGCGAAGGAGAGAAUCAACAACUCAAGUUACCAAUAUGUCGACUGUGUAGAGCAAAUAUUGAAAGCCACAAAAAUCCUCACAUACUCCUAAUUUAAACUUUGAGAAAUAGAUUCUUAGCAGAUGGACAAGGAUUGGCUGAACUAAUACAGGAUCUAUAUGCCUUCUAUCCCUGUGGGAAUUAUUGAAUUGAAACCUUAAUAUGUCUGUUUUAUCAAUAUCAAAUUGAAGGGAUAUUAUUUUUGGAAACUUGUGUCUUAAAAAAGUUAACCAUGAUUUACAGAAAGUAAUUUAUUUGUAUUGUUACUGUGAUCAUUUGUUUUACAAGAUGUUCAACUCUUUCAGUAGGGAGAGGACUUCAGAGACAUGCCUUCAUUUACUCAUUAUAACAAACUGUCAUUUCACCAUGUGACUUCAUAUGUUGUUGCAAUUUUUUUUGAAAUUGUAUGUAAAGUGCAUGUAUAAUGGUUGAUUAAAUGCCUUACCACAAUACCACA